CUCAUGGCUUUUUUUUUCCUGCCUUUUCCCCUUUUUCCCCCUUCACUUCUUCCCCUUCAACGCAAACAAACAAACAAACCCACCUUCCUUGUCACACUCUGACUUUCGGCCAAGGCCACACACCAUCAGCAAAUGGAGGCUCAUCCUUUUUACCCUCUAGGGGUUGUCAUUCCGGGCUUCUCUGCCAACACCAUGUCGACGCCUGUUAUCUUGGCCUGGUUCUGCGGCAUUGCCGCUGCCAUUAUUCUUCCCACGCUGGCCAUCGCCGUCCGCAAGAGGCCAGAUCUGCCCAGUAGCGAGAUGGCCACUGUGAGCUGGUUUGUCCUCUGCACGUUCAUUCACUUCUUUCUCGAGGGCCACUUCGCUCUACACUUCAACACCAUGGGUGGCGAUAUGACCUUGCUGGGGCAGAUGUGGAAGGAGUACUCCCUGUCCGACUCUCGCUACCUCACUGGAGACACCUUUGUGGUCUGUAUGGAAACCAUCACCGCCGUCUUCUGGGGCCCGCUGUCGCUCUUGUGCGCCUGGUCCAUCGUGGCCGCCUCUCCCUGGCGUCAUCCCCUCCAGAUCGUCAUCAGCCUCGGCCAGCUCUACGGUGACGUUCUCUACUACGCCACUUGCACCUUUGAGGAAAUUGUGCGCGGAAACAUGUACUCGAGACCGGAGCGCUACUACUUCUGGGGCUACUACGUCUUCCUGAACGCUUUCUGGAUCGUCAUCCCCACCAUCCUCCUGUGGCAGAGUCUGCGCGCCGUCGCCGCCGUCUUCGCCAGGGUCAACAAGCUAGACCAAGAAAAACUGGUGGCCAAGAACGAGUGAUUGUUAGGUUAGAAUGGACGGGGACAGUGUUUGCUUGCAUCUUCCGUUCCGCCGAGUCGUGUUUGUAAGCGAUUCGAUGAGCGAGCAUCAUUUACAACAAUGUGAUUGUUCCGAGAUGGACAGACAGCUUAGCUGGUUGCUGGCCCCGUAUUAGCAUCAUAGUGAUUCGUCACUCACCAUCAAUCAUCAAAAACCAAUAAACCAGACUUGGAGCAAAAA